AUGCUUUACGAAGAAUCAGACUCAUGGUCCACUAAAAGAGAGAUAAUUAUUAUACAAAAACAGGAUUAUACAAAACCUCAGUUGAUAACGAUGGUUCCAGAAUUGUCCAAAUGGCGUAUAGACGAGGCGCGCAAACACGCUGCUCUUGUUGGGCCAGGAAAACCACUUGAUGUACCAAACGUUCACCGAAUGAAGUUAGACCCUGUUAAAGUUGACCACUUCAUUGAUUUUGUAUCCAGUCCAAAUUAUCUACAAGAUGUUGCCUAUGGGACACGAACUAUCAAGCUUACCAAUGGAGAAGCAUUUGAAAUACCCAAUGUGGUGAGGACCGUUACAUCGUCCAGACUUGUUAACCUUUAUUUCUCGUUUUGCCAAGAGAUCAACUUUGAACCUCUGGCAAGAUCAACUUUAUUUGGUAUACUCAAGGUAAAUAUAUUAAGAGCUAUUAUACGUACUAGAUAUUCCCUGAGACUUGUCAGAUCUUCUUAAAACCCAUUGGCGUAGAAACAACUUCUUACGAUACCCCAUUCCCCUUCUGUACGCUAGUGUGAAAACUUGUUUGAUCUUUCUCUUUGCUCUUGUUGUAAGGAAUGUGCUGCAUCCCAGCAGAAAAGUCUUAGUGGACUAGAUAACAUUGCUACAGAAGGAUCUUCAGCUUUCCAGACUUUACACGAUGUGGCCGCGCAAUUAUCCAAAGCAGGUAAAAACACUACGCAAUUUCGUGCAAGCGUAUGCCACUCGUUACGCCAUAUCGUAACUGUGUGAGUGCUGUAUAAUCGUAGACUAAAAGAGUUGGAAAUUUUUGUCUCAAUAGUCCUAUGAAUUUGCACGAUCAUAUAGAAACCAUUCUGAACAUAUAAGAAGUUCAGAAGAAACUCAAAAUUUCAUAGAAAUAUUAAUCCUCGCCCAUUGGCAGGUAUUUCCACGAAUUACACUGAUCAAUUUCUCGUUUCCCAAAUACCACGCGUGUUUCUAUAACUCCGCGUUAGAAACACAGAACAUGUUUUCUUUUUUUAGAGUUACUGAAUAGGUGAUGUAUAUUUGUGUAGGUAUGUCCUUUUCUUGGUGCAUGAAAAUCCAAGAGCAACUGAAGUGUAGUAAAAACUACCUUAAAACAGAUUACAAGAUCCAUAUUGCGUCUGAAAGCAGGUGUGGAGAUCACUGUUGCAUCCAUAGAUCGGAUUGUCUUCUUCUGAGACAGAAUUUAAGACUAAGUGUAAGCAUAAGCACGACGACGAAUGUGAUCAAUGUCAGAUGCUAAAAACGACUCUGCAAGAAAUAGAUGAUGCCUCAAAAUCUACUGCUGACGUGAAACUAAGGUUUGUAUUUGUAGUUUAAAUUAUCAAUAUUCUUUGUUCGCUUAAAGGCCUAUGCUUAUUUUUUAAUUUCCUACUAGCCAUGAUGAGCUUCAGCAAGUUAUCCACGACAUCACCACCGCCGUAGAUAAAAUUAAGGCUUGGAAGUCCCAUAUACUGAGAACAGUACAUCAGGAAACUGCUAAGACGGUUGUCUUAGGCGACCUUAAGUUAACGCAGAUUAUGUUAGUAAUAGACUGGGCGAUGAAAUUUAUUCCAUCGUGCUACAGAGAAACCCAAGCAGAUUGGUACGGCAAAAAAGGUCGCCCAUGGCAUGUCGCUGCUGUUAUUUCGAAAAACGGUGAAAACGGAGAGCUGGAGGUAUAAUUCUUCUAAUCAAUUUUCAUUUUUUAUUCAUAUCAUUUCGUCAUACUAUACGUUUUAUUUCAUUAUAGUUUCUCGCUUUUUUCGUACUUCAAUCAUUUGCCACGUUGGGGGGCCAAGGGCCACGCGGCAUGCUCUUAUAGGGCAUACACCUCGAGGAAUAGCAUUUUUUGUCGUUUGCCGCAAGUGUGAUAGUUACUGCAUACCAGUUCACACCAACCCACUAUUGUCUUUUAGACAUUAAUUUUAGAAUAAGCUUUGUGUAAAAAGUCUAAUCAUGUUGGGGGAAAUUUGUCUAAUCAUGUUGGAAAAAUUGUUAUAAUACGUGUGCACAGAAUUAUUCGUAAAUGUGAAAAUCGCGUGAAAAACCCAGCGUGAAAAUCAUAUAUUUCAUUUCAUCUUAUUUACAUAUUCGAUUUUAUUGUUUACAUCAAUUUUUAACUUUCAUGCUUUUUUCAAUUUGUUGUUUAAAAUCAGUUCAUUUGAUAACACCAUUCCUAAUAACAUAGGUACAGACGUACGUGCAUGUGUUCAACCAGUGUACACAGAAUUGGUUUGCUGUGGUGUCGAUCGUUGAGAAUGUCCUGGAAGAAGUUAGAAGGAGCAAUCCAAAUAUCAAGGAAGCUUUCAUACGGUCAGAUAACGCCGGAUGUUAUCAUGCUGCACAACUUAUCCUUUCAAUUCCGGCUAUAUCAAAGAGAGUUGGCAUAAACGUUCGACGUUACGAUUUCAGCGAUCCCCAGUCUGGAAAGGAUAUUUGUGAUCGACGUAUCGCCGUAAUGAAAAGUCAUAUGCGUCGGUAUCUCAACGAAGGAAAUGACAUUAAUUCGGCAUCAGAUAUGAAGAGAGCACUUGAUUCGUAUGGUAGUGUCAAAAGCUGUAGGGUUGCCGCCGUUGAUGUCGAUGUAUCAAAACAGGUCAUGACUGAUCAUAAGUGGAAGGGAAUACAGUCACUGAAUAACUUUGAAUUUCUGAGUACAGGAAUACGAGUCUGGAAAGCGUUUAGAGUUGGCAAAGGUAAACUUCUGAAGAACAAAGUGCUCAAAGAUAUGGCAAGCCCCCAGCCAAGCACAGGCCUUUGCGUUAUCGAAACAUUCAGUGAUCCGAAGGAAGAUAAGGGUGUGUUUAAGAGAAUCCGAAAAGAAAACAGAUUGACACAGGAGGCGGCUGAGAAAUCAGAUGGUACUCCCUCAAACGAUAUAAGUACAGCUAGAGGUUUCAACUGCCCAGAUGUUAACUGCAUCAAAGCAUUUGUAUUCAGUAGCGCUCUUGAUCGACAUCUUGAUUCUGGAAAGCACAUGUACCGAGCACACCAUGAAUCAUCCGUUGACUCCAUUAAAAGAAAAUGGAUACAAGCUUGCACAUCUGUAGGCACUGGCGCAAAUGGUGCCAGAGGCCUAGAGAAUAACACUCUUCAUGAAUGCAGUGGUGUAGCUAAGGCUAGUGCAGAAGUGGGCUGGGCGUUAAAGAAGUCUAAAACCAGAGGUCGUUACUCAGAACAUUUAAAAGCAUAUUUAAAGAAAUUGUUCUUGGAAGGAGAGGAAACAGGAAGAAAGGCAAAUCCAUCAGAUGUGUCAUCAGGAAUAAAGAGCCUGAAAACUGAUGAUGGCAAAAGUAAAUUAUUUGAAUGUUCGGAUUGGUUGACAGCGCAACAGGUCAAGAGCUACUUUUCAAGAUUAAGUGUUCUCAAUAAAUGCGGUAAACUCCACGCAGAUGAUAUUGCUGAUGAUGAAAUUCAGGUGCUGGAGGAAGCCUUGGUACGACAGGAGAAAGUAGAUGCUAUCCAUUGUGCUAUAGAAUUAUAG